AUGAUGCUCAAUUUCGUUAGAAGAUUUCAUGUAAGUACUGCAAGUUCGAAGGAGCUGGAGAGCUUGGCGAAUGGUGUCACAAAUGAGUUGCCCAAACUGCAGAAACAUAAAAGUACGAUCUACAACUAUAAGAAGUCAGCUUCCAACUACCAGGGCUAUUUGAAGGGACAAAAAAAGUUGCCUGUGGGUCUGUACUUCGAUCCGUCACAGUCCUCCCCAACGGGGUCCAUCAACAGUGAAACGAUACCACUAUUGUUUCUACCAAAGGAUGAUAUUAGACGCAGAUACAUCGAUCAAAUCAGGGCACAUUCUAAAGACAAGGUACAGAGUCAGGUGGCACCGGCAGUACUUUGCAGCAAGAGCACUAUGAGAGGUCAUAAGACUUACCAUUUGAAACCUGAGCAGGUACAGGAGAUCAUCAAGCUACGUAAGGAAAACCCCACUAUCUACACGAGGAAAACUCUGGCGAAGAAGUACGAUGUGUCGCCUUUGUUCAUCUCGAUUGUGUCAAGUGUCUCACCGGAGAGAUCCAAGGAAAUGGAUAGAAGACUGCAAACUAUCAAAUCAAGAUGGCAUGAACAGAGAGCUGUUGCCAGAGAAGAUCGAAAGAAAAGAAAACAGAUGUGGUACAUAGGAUGA